UCUCCAGGUUUGGGGGAAUUCGGCCGCCCGCUUUAAAUCCCGUCCCUUCACGUGCGUUCGGGAGGGCAUCCCCCUCGAUAGCCCUCGGAGUCGCCUCCCCAAACUCCCGGUACCAACGCAUGGCCGCCGCCGCCGCAGCGACCACCACGCCCUCCUUCCCCCUCCUCCGCCGCCCGGCCGCGGCGCCGGCCACCGACCGCCACUACCAUCUCGGGUGCUCCGCGAAACCGUCGCCGCUCGAGCUGCGGUACCGCGCCGCGCGCCUCGCCCCGGCGCGGGCCCUGCUCCCGGACCGCGUCACGCCCUUCUCCUUCGACGCGGACGGCGACGACCACCCCCGCGAGGAGUGCGGCGUGUUCGGGGUCAUCGGGGACCCGGACGCGUCGUCGCUCUGCUACCUCGGCCUGCAGAAGCUGCAGCACCGCGGGGAGGAGGGCGCGGGCAUCGCCGCCGCGGACGCCGAUGGCAAGCUCAAGUCGGUGACGGGGCUGGGGCUCGUAGGGGACGUCUUCGGCGACCCCGCGCGCCUCGCCAAGCUCCCCGGCGACGCCGCCAUCGGCCACGUGCGCUACUCCACGGCCGGCGCCUCCUCGAUGCGCAACGUGCAGCCGUUCCUCGCCGCCUACAGGUUCGGGCAGCUCGCCGUGGCGCACAACGGCAACCUCGUGAACUACCAGGCGCUGCGCAACAAGCUGGAGGCGCAGGGAUCCAUCUUCAACACCUCGUCGGACACCGAGGUUAUCCUGCACCUCAUCGCCACAUCGCUCUCGCGCCCGCUGCUCUCGCGCAUCUGCGACGCCUGCGAGCGCCUCGCCGGCGCCUACUCGCUGCUGUUCCUAACGGCCGACAAGCUCUUCGCCGUGCGCGACCCUUUCGGCUUCCGGCCUCUUGUGAUGGGGCGCCGCCCCAACGGUGCCGUCGUGUUCGCGUCCGAGACCUGCGCGCUGGACCUCAUCGACGCGGCCUAUGAGCGCGAGGUGGAGCCCGGGGAGGUGGUGGUCGUGGACCGCCGCGACAUGUCAGUGUCCUACGCCUGCCUCGUUCCGCACCGCCCGCGCAAGUCGUGCGUCUUCGAGCACAUCUACUUCGCCCUCCCCAACUCCGUCGUGUUCGGGCACGCCGUCCACGAGCGCCGCAGCGCGUACGGCCGCGCGCUCGCCGAGGAGUCCCCGGCUCCGACCGCGGACGUAGUUAUCCCCGUGCCGGACUCGGGGUUCUACGCCGCGCUCGGUUUCGCGCAGGCGUCGGGGCUCGAAUUCCAGCAGGGCCUUAUCCGGUGGCACUACAGCGGCCGGAGCUUCAUCCAACCGUCGCAAGCAAUCCGCGACCUCGCAGUCAAGCUCAAGCUCGCGCCCGUGCGCGGCGUCAUUACCGGCAAGAGCGUGGUCGUCGUCGACGACUCGCUCGUGCGCGGCACCACCUCGAGCAAGAUUGUGCGCCUGCUCCGCGACGCCGGCGCGCGCGAGGUGCACAUGCGCAUCGCCAGCCCUCCGGUCAUCGGCUCCUGCUUGUACGGCAUCGACACGCCGAGCGAGGGUGAGCUGAUAUCCAACAGGAUGGACCUCGAGGGCGUGCGGAGGUCAAUUGGCUGCGACUCGCUCGCCUUCCUCUCGCUGGACAAGCUCCACAGCAUCUACGGUGAUGAAGCACAUGAGCUUUGUGACGCCUGCUUCUCUCGGAACUACCCAGUACUGCCCACUGUGCCGGAGCCGGUGCCGGAGCUGGUGUCAGCCUUCGAAGACUAACCAGAAAGGGAGUGGUUCAAUACUCUGCAUGCUUACUAUAGAAUCUAGACUCAAUUUUGGGCUUGGCAUUUUCAUAUUUGCAAUUGCAUUCAUCCAUCUGAAUUUUGAGGUAUACAAGCUCUAGACAUUGAUCGAACUGCUACAGUGAGUUUGAUCAUCUAUUGUAUUGCUAUGAUUAUGAUGACAGUGAAUAACAAGAAAAUUGUCUUAGCGACGCGGGGUCUAAGAACUACCUUCUUGGCAA